AUUUAUUACUUCAAAUAAAUAACAAUCAAACUGUUUCCAAGCAACAGUCAUUGGGGUCUAAGAGUGUUUUUAUAAAUUUAUCAUUUUUAAUAUUAUUUCGUUUUAUUAACAUGCCGAAAGUACCUCCCGCACCUAAUCCUCAUGCACGAAUUAAAUACCAUUCGAUAAGGAAAGGGAGUGAACCGGGAUGUUAUCAAUUACACAGACCAUCAGAAUGUCGUCUAAAGUUCCCAUUAUCAAAACGUCCUAUACACAAAUGCGAGCUGCCGAAACAUGAAUUUACGCUCGUACCGCAGAUCGGUGGCUGGAGAACCCUGCUGGUACCGAAGACGGAACCCAACUUCUACCCAGCCGUGAUGCAUAAGAAUGAAUACGAAAGAUUAAAGAGGCAGGCUAAGAAAGUGACACAAGAAGAGCAAAUCGCAGCAAUGCAUGCGCAAGAGCAGGCCAUACAGAAGGCUGCCAAAGAGUCCGAAGAACGCAAGAGGCUCCUCAAAGAACAGCUGCAGCCUCAACCUGGUGCUGAAGCGUCCAGUGGCAGCGCGGACGCGGCAGAACUGGAGGGACCAGACCAAGCUGCGCAUACACUGUCUCGAGCUGAGAUUCUCCGAGCUGACAACAUGCAGGGGCCGCGACUAUGCAACCGCAUCAUCCUAGCCUCCAAAUGUCACGCGAUACGAGACGCGCAGAUCUCUGAAAGGGAGCUCAUUAAGAAAGAGUUGGAGGAGGAAGAACGAAGACUAGACGCAAUAAUGGAAGAGAAUCGCCAAGCAGCUGUGCGUCGAGCUGAAGAAGAAGAAGAGCGAAGACACCAGCUACGUCUGCAAAACUUGGCGGCGCUGAAGGAGCAGAUCAAAGCUCAUGAGACCGCUAAGAUUAUGGAAGCAGAGCGUAUAGAAGAAGAAAGUAUACGAGUAAAUCAAGCGAACAUCGCUAUGCAAAUCGACGAAGCGCAAAAACUGAAAGAGAAGCACGGGAGACAGGCUAAGCUUAAGGAAAUAUUGGACCAGGGUAACGCUGAGCUUCUCUACUACAAGCAAGUGCAAAACGAAGAGGAGCGAAUAAUGGAUCUCCGUAUUGCCAAUUUCCUGAAACAGAAGCAGGAACGCGAAGCCCGUAAUAAAGCUGAACAGGAAGCCAUCAAGGCAGCUAAACAAAAGGGUAUCGAUCAUAUCGCUAAGGCACAAAAGGCAGAACAAGAGCUAAAAGAAGAAUUAGAGCGGAUCCGAAACCUUAAGAUACAAGAGGACGUGGAGAGAGAAUGCCGCCGCAAGGAGAGAGAUGCUGCUAUUAAGAGGAAUCGGGAGAUGAGGAGAUUGCAUGAGGGCAGGAUUCAACAGAUUUCGGACAUCCAUCGCCUGAUCGCCCGCGAAAUAGCAAAAGAUGAGCAGAGCUUCAACAAUGCCGCGCGGCAAAAUGAAGAAUUCAUUAGGAAAGAGAAAGAGUUGGAGGACAAACGCAAAGCUCGAAUUGAACAACAUAGGCAAGAGAUUAUGAAACAAAUAAAUGACAAAGAACGUGCCAGGGCUGACCUUCGCGAAAAAGUGCACAACGAAGGCGUAGCACUGCGCAUGGAGCAAGAACAGCAGGACAAGUAUGAGAGAAAGGUCAUCAAGCAUAAGGUGACUAAAAUGAGACAACAGAAGGUGUCAGAGAAAUACGUAAAGGAAGUUGAACAGACCCUCGGAAAAUAUGGCUACCAUUAGUAUGCAGUUUAGAAAUCUCUAGAUAGAAUCUCAUUUUUGGAAUUAUGUAA